AUGUUUACCAGCAUUAUUAUUUAUCGUCUCUUCUUCCACCGUAUUCGCCAUUUCCCCGGUCCUCGAGCUGCAGCCGUUAGUAAACUGUGGAGUGUGUACCAGUGUCGGGAUUCGCGCAAUCACUUGUUGCUGGAUGGACUGCACAAGAAGUAUGGCAACUUUGUGCGAACAGGACCUGGUGAGAUUACCAUCUUCCACCCCAAAGCAUGGGAGGCUAUGGAUGGAGCUGGCAAUGCCAACAUCCGCUCCGAUUGGUAUGAUAUUGUACACCCGCGAGUUUCGCCCAUCUUCUCUCGUAAAGAGGAAGACCACAUUGAGCGACGCAAAGUAUGGAAUCGAGCACUGUCAACAAAAUCAAUUCGAGAGUACCUCCCUCGCAUCCUUCGACAAAUCGGAACGCUGGAGUCAAUCAUUGCAAGUGCGAGUGCAGACGGUGAGCCAGUAGUACCGAAUGAUAUCAUGCAAUGGUUCGCCUUUGACUCCAUGGGGGAAUUUGCAUUUAAUGAGAACUUUGGCAUGAUGAAAACUAAGACUUGGCACCGCGCUAUCAUACAACAACGCUCUGCACUGGCCAUUCUCGGUUCUCUUAAUCACACUGUCUGGGCAAUUCGACUGGCUUUUGCAUUCUUGGCCCGCUUCUGGCGCGUCAAAGACUGGAUGGGGAUGAUCUCAUUCUGUGACCAGUGCAUGGAACGACGGCUUCAGACUGAAGCUACUCAGCCAGAUAUUGCUUCUCAUUUCAUCAAGGAGUUCCACGAAGGGAGGAAUCAGCAGAAUUGGGUGACAAAAAAGCAAUUGCUCAGCGGGAAUACUGUUUCGGUGAUUGUAGGUGGAAGCGACACAACCGGUCCGAGUCUGAUCCUGUUGUGGUACUUUAUGGCUUUGUAUCCCGAGCAAGCUGAGCGCGUAUACGAAGAAGUCAAGGAUGUUGAUCCUUCCGAUAUUAAUACACUGGCAAACCUGCCAUGUCUGAACGGUUUCAUCAAUGAGAGCAUGCGACUUAUCCCCGCCGCGCUCACUAUGGGUACACGCACGACUCCCCCAGGGGGCAUGACAAUUGACGGGACAUAUAUUCCUGGUGGUAUUAAAGUUGCCGCGCCGAAGUAUACAAUUUUCCGAAUGGAAAGCGCAUUUGAAGAUCCCCUAUCCUUCGUCCCCGAACGCUGGUAUAGCCGACCAGAAAUGAUCCGCGACAAGAGCGCCUUUGCGCCUUUUGGUGUUGGUCGCCGUGUUUGUGUUGGAAAGAAUCUAGCUCUUACCCAGAUUCGUCUAGUAGCUACGAUCUUACUCUCUCGCUAUCGUGUCCGAUUUGCGCCCGGCGAAACUGGUGAGGCCGUGGAGCGCGAUAUGCGAGACCAGCUGACGGCGCAGCCUGGUCGCUAUGCAGUAAUGUUUGAGCCACGAAGUGUAGUCUCGGCAUGA